UUAUAACGAAAUUAGAAAAGUGAGCUGUCAUAGAAUCGAGCUCUCCUUCUUCAGCCAUUUCUCGUCUUUCCGUCUUCUUCUGGCUUUACCGUCUCCCACUCUUCCCGAUUGGCAAUUCCGAAGGCUUCCAAUCUCCGCCGAUCUGUCUCUCGAAUCCGACGCAGCAACUUUCAGAAAUUCCAUCGACGGUUCGCCGUUUAUCCUUCCGCCGCGCCUGGAACCAGAUUUUGCCGUGACUGAGAGGAUAAGGAAGGAAGGGAAGCAAGUUUGCUGAGAAUCAAAAUCAAUGGCGCAGGCAGUUGAAGAAUGGUACAAGCAGAUGCCAGUCAUCACGCGGUCGUACCUCACGGCUGCCGUCGUCACCACCAUCGGUUGUUCGCUCGAUAUAAUAGCUCCUUCUCAUUUGUACUUGAACCCGAGGCUGGUGGUUCAGAAGUAUGAGUUUUGGCGCCUCGUCACCAACUUCCUCUACUUCCGGAAAAUGGACUUGGACUUUAUGUUCCAUAUGUUCUUCCUUGCGCGGUACUGCAAGCUUCUCGAGGAAAAUUCAUUCAGAGGGAGAACAGCAGAUUUCUUUUACAUGCUUCUCUUUGGUGCCUCAGUCUUGACUGGCAUUGUUCUUGUUGGUGGGAUGAUACCUUACCUCUCAGAAUCAUUUGCCAAAAUUGUGUUCCUUAGCAAUUCCUUGACAUUCAUGAUGGUAUACGUCUGGAGCAAGCAAAACCCUUUCAUCCAUAUGAGCUUCUUGGGCCUUUUCACCUUCACAGCAGCUUAUUUGCCAUGGGUUCUACUAGGAUUUUCUGUACUUGUUGGAGCUAGUGCGUGGGUAGAUCUGUUGGGGAUGAUUGCUGGACAUGCGUACUACUUUCUCGAGGAUGUAUACCCCCGGAUGACUGGCCGCCGGCCACUGAGAACCCCAUCAUUCAUCAAGGCCUUGUUUGCUGAUGAUGCUGUCGUAGUUGCACGGCCAGCCAACGUAAGAUUUGCCCAGCCCCCUGCUCCUGAGCUUCACGAAGAUUGAUAGAUGUGAAAGGACAGCCACCAAGCAAAAUGUAGCUCCCGAAUCGCCUCUUUCGCCCCUGCAAAUACAGUGCUCAACCACCCUUUUAGUGUUUCAGCUAUCUUGAGAGACCUUAAUACUCUUUAGAAUUAGAAGCCUUUAAUAUGUAUAUAGUAUUUUGCUGUGCUUUGUGACAUUCUUUGAUAGCUCAUAUCAAAGAGUCAAUUGAUUGAAAUAUCUGACAAAGUAACAAUGACUGAUUUUGUGC